GAUCUCAGGAUUCAUUAUAGGUCUUCACGACGUAAGUGUCAGAAAAACUUCAGUAGAGAAUCCAAAAUUCAAUGGAGAAAUGGCUGCACAAACUGCGUUUUCGCUGCCAUCAGAAAUAACCGAUGAAGAAUAUAUUUACUUGCCUUCAGAUAAAGAAGAUUUUGAAAAAAUUACGCAUCGAAUUGGUGGCAAAUGGAUGGUAUAUAACACGGGAGAUUUGAACCAACAAGACAAAUUCUGGCAAGCUUUAUUUCCUCUAUACCAUAAACGACUUAUCCUCGGUCUGAAAGCCUCAACAGCGAAGGGAACAAAAGCCCAAGCAGAACUAUAUAGAAAAGAUCACAUUAUUUUGUGCUACACUGAAGAUUCGGAUGAUAAAAUGUGGAUGAAAAAUACUGCAGAUGCCAUCCGAGCUGCCACUGGAUUUCGUGAUAUCAUGUAUUAUAAAUCUAAUGCCGCUUCUAUUGACGGCUUAUAUAAUCAUAAAGAACAUAUUAAUGUUUCGAAAUACAUGCAUACCUACAAAGGUAAAUUGUUUGAAAGAGUUAAAUUUGAUCGUUUCAAAAUAAUAACAUUUGGUGAUGUGUAAUUAUUCGAUAUUUGUGUUGAAUACUUGAUUACUUAAUGAAAAUUGGCAAUUUUUUCUAAUAAAUUUAAAUCCUGA